AUGUCCACAAGUGAUAUUCAACCUCUCCGUUUUGGCUUCUUCUCCACCUCAAGAAUUGGCAUCAAAGUCGCCAAAGCAAUUGCUCAAUCUCCUUUUGCUUCGUUGUACGCUGUUGCCUCUCGGGAUUUGUCCAAAGCUGAAAAAUACGCUCAAGAACAAGGCUUUGAGAAGAGUUUCGGAUCCUAUGAUGAAUUGUUGCAAUGUGCUGAAGUGCAAGCUGUCUAUGUGCCUGUGCCUACAGCAAUGAAGGAAGAAUUGGUGAUCAAGGCAGCAAAGGCAGGAAAACACGUCUUAUGUGAUAAGCCAUUUCAAUCUGCUGAAUCUGUUAAAAAGAUGAAGCAAGCUUGUGAGGAAAAUGGAGUCUUCUUCAUGGACAAUACAAUGUGGGUUCACAAUAAGAGAACUCAUCAUUUGAAGAAUUUAUUUAACACUGAUGAUAGAUUUAAAAAGCUCGUCAGAGUUAAUUCUUCAUUUGCUAAUUAUUUCAUGGAUGAUUUGCAUGACAUUAGAAUGAAUACUGAUUUGGAAAAGACUGGGUGUCUUGGGGACUUGGGUUGGUACUCUAUUAGAAAUAUUUUGUGGGCUUUUAAUUAUGAAUUACCACAAAAAGUUGUUGGAUAUUCAAAGAAAUUCGAAUCUGAUCAAGAAAAUUUGAGAGCAAUUAUUAACUUUGAUGGUCUUUUAUUCUUCAGUGGUGGCAGAGUUGCUACAUUGAAUUGUAGUUUUGAGGAAGCACAAAGACAAACCUCUGAAAUUGUCUUUCCACGUCACAGAAUUAUGAUUGAUGAUUUUGUUUUAACUUGGGACAAUGAAGAUAUUUACUUCCCAAGAGAAACUUACGAUAAGAAAGGUAAAUUCAGAAUUCAUGCUGAACAUGGCAGAUUUGAAACUAUUACUUGUGAAGAAUCAACUCAACAUGUGGAAUUAUUUGAAAGUUUCUAUAAGGGAGCUAAGAAUCCAACAGAAAACAAACAUUGGGGAGACGAAUCUGAAAAGACAAUGAUUGUAUUGGAUGCAUUAUUAGAAUCCUCUGAGAAGGAUGGUACUCCUAUCGUCAUCCAACAAUAAAAUGGAUACAACAGUGAAAGUUGUAUAGCAUUUGAU